GCACACUGUGAGGGCAGUAGUGCCUAUCAAUCAAUCUCUUCUUCUAAAUCUACUUCUUUAUUAAAUAAUUAUAAUAAUAAUCGAUUAUCUAUCUUAAAGAACAAUAAUUCUAAUUUUAUUAACAAUCAAAAUCAGUUUAAAUCAGCACUCUCACUGAUUUUUACUAAUGAACAACCAAAACUCAAGGAAGCUAUGGAUAUAGUUUGCUGUGAUGCCAAAAAGUCACAAUAUAAUAAUAGUGAGCCUAUUCCUUUAAAAAUUUCCUCUGAGUCUAAUAAUUCAAAUAAUCAAACUUUAGUUGUUGAAACUUAUGAAUAUAGUGAAGAUGAAUAUGAAUUAUCUGAUGAUGAACUGGAGGAAUCCAAAGGAUUUUUAGUUAUAGGAAAUUCUGAUGAAAAACCUUUACUUAAAAUCAAUAAUACCCAAGUUAAAUAUCAAAAUGAAUCUUUUGAUAACUAUAACUUUCAUUCUAAGCAAGCUAGUGAUUCUCAAACUAUUAAAUAUUAUUUUGCUCAGCCACAAAAAACAUGUCCAAAAUAUAUACAAGUAAAGAAAGCAAUAAGUUGUUUUACUACCAAGGAGGACUUUGAGGAAACAAAUUUGUCUUCUGAAAAUAAUUUACAAUUACAACAAUUUUUAACUGAAA